GGUACUGAAAGUCCUUGGCUGUUGAUAAGUUAUCUUUUGUGGAGUCAAUCUGAAGACGUGAUGCUUUGCUGUGAAGGCUUGAAAAGGGAUCUUGGGGACUGCAGAACUCUAAGACUCUUUGUGCCAGUAGAGCAGAGCUCCACUGUGAGGACCCUCAGUGUGUAAUCCAGAGUCUGCUCUACCUCCUUUCCUUAUACUGCCGUCACACAUUACACCUCGGUGUAAAGUGACUAGGCCUGGAAGAUCCACGUACAACCUUAGGGACCCUGUUCAAGGGCGCACCUGUCAACAGGUUACUUGAAUUUCAAAUAAGGGAUCGGUAAUGCCGCCAACGCCAGGUGCCCCGCCUCAGUACCCACCUCCCGAUGGAGGGUGGGGCUGGGUGGUGGUUGGAGCUGCCUUUAUAUCCAUUGGAUUUUCAUAUGCAUUCCCCAAAGCAGUCACAGUGUUCUUCAAAGACAUUCAGGAAAUAUUCAAUACUUCUUACAGUGAAAUAGCCUGGAUAUCAUCUAUAAUGCUGGCUGUUAUGUAUGCAGGAGGUCCCGUCAGUAGCAUUUUGGUGAAUAAAUAUGGCAGCCGGCCGGUGGUGAUAGCGGGAGGCUUGCUGUGCUGCCUGGGGAUGAUUCUGGCCUCCUUCAGCAACAGCGUGGUGCAGCUGUACAUCACCGUGGGCUUCAUUGGAGGUUUAGGUUUAGCCUUCAACCUGCAACCAGCCUUGACCAUAAUUGGCAAAUACUUCUAUAGGAAACGACCCGUGGCUAAUGGACUGGCCAUGGCAGGAAGUCCUGUUUUCUUAAGUACACUGGCGCCGUUCAACCAGUUUCUUUCUAACACCUAUGGCUGGAAGGGAAGCUUUUUGAUUUUAGGAGCUAUAUUUUUAAAUGCCUGUGUGGCUGGGGCCCUUAUGAGACCCCUUGGGCCCAAACAAACUGCUUCUCCCUCUAAAAAUAAGAUUGGCAUAAAAGAGGAAAGUUUGGGUUCAGAGAAAAUCCAUAAGAAGAAAUCACUAGCACAAAAAAUUAAUCACUAUUUAGAUUUCUCCCUUUUUAAGCAUAGAGGAUUUCUGAUCUACCUCUCUGGAAAUGUCAUUAUGUUUCUAGGCUUUUUUGCCCCUGUUAUAUUCUUGGCUCCGUACGCUAAAGACCAGGGAAUAGAUGAGUAUUCUGCAGCUUUCUUGCUUUCUGUCAUGGCUUUUGUUGAUAUGUUUGCUAGGCCAAGUAUAGGAUUAGUUGCAAACUCCAAAUAUGUCCGACCACGCAUCCAGUAUUUCUUCAGCCUCGCAAUCUUGUUCACUGGAGUGUGCCAUCUCUUAUGCCCUCUGGCCAAGAACUACUCAAGCCUGGUGGUAUAUGCUGCAUUUUUUGGCUUUGGAUUUGGGAGUGUUAGCAGCGUCCUCUUUGAAACUCUCAUGGACCUUGUUGGUGCCCCAAGGUUCUCCAGUGCCGUGGGCCUCGUCACGAUUGUGGAGUGUGGCCCUGUUCUUCUUGGCCCUCCUCUUGCCGGUAAAUUGGUGGAUGUAACUGGAAAAUACCAAUACAUGUAUAUGUCCUGCGGGGCUAUUGUGGUCGUAGCUAGCAUAUGGCUGCUAAUUGGCAACGCUAUCAACUAUAGACUGCUCGCAAAGGAGAGGAAGAAGGAACAAGCAAGCAAGAAUGACGCACAGUUACGUGAAUCCAGAGAAUCCGAACCCUUGAGCAAACCCACUCAGGACGUUAUUGUCAAAGAUGCAAAAGCACAGGAUAGUCCUUCAGAAAGAGAAACUAAUAUUUAAGAGGAGUCACAUCUCUGAUUUGGGUUUAUGAAUUUAUUUAGGAGUUUGUUUUGCUUUUUAAAAUAUUGGAAAGGUUUUGCACUGAUGCAAAGAGGGGACUGACAUUUCCCCAAGUAACAAAUUGUAAAUUAGUUUUUGAAAACUUAUGAGUAGUUAAAUUUUGAGAUUUUAUAUAUAUAUAUAUGUAAUCCAUGCAAUUUAUGUAUUUCCAUACAUGACUCAGGAUUUUGAGGUUAAAAUACAAAUUUCAGAGUCUUCCAAUGAUUUCUGUCUGGGUUAUAGAAAGAGAUCCAAAUCCCAUGCCUGUGGUUUAAUUAAUUAGGAAUAUCUUUAAUCCCAUACGUGAUCUUCUUCACAUUUCAUUUUUAUUUGACAUUAACGAAUGAAAUAGAAUUGAGAGAAAAUAAUUUAUCUUCCCACACAUACAAAUCCACAUGAACAGAGUGUCUGGAGAAGGAAAAUAAAUAAAAAAUAUUAUCAUAGUCUUUUUUAAGUUAAGAAAAUCCAGGGACACAAAAGAAGUAUAUCAUACUUGCACACUGUACUACAAUGUGGAUUUUAAAUAAGCACAUGGAUGAAAAUGAGGGUGAUCUCAAUUCCAGAAUGCAAGUGUGUGCUAUAAGAAGUAUUGAUGUAUAAAAUAACUUUGAUAAAAAAGGAAAGAUUCCAUUUCACACCAUACUUUUGGACACUCGUAGACUAGAUAAAUCCAGACACAUGAUUUGAGGGGUCGCCAUUAGUAUCUGGUGCUAACAAGUAGAACCCCAAGUAAUGUUCAGAAUGCUUUCCUAACUGUAAAUCAGACUGAAAAUCUGAAUGGCGCCUUGCAGGGAACUAUGUCCACUGAUUUUUUAAAAGGGUUUUAAUUCCUAAUCCAGAAAAUAAUAACCCGAGAUUUCUUCUAACUAGACCUCAAUCAAUAUCCAUUGGUGUACUUAAAUAUCAAAGAAUAAACCAGAAUCCAACUGACAAUUUAUAGACAGAGAAAAUUCUAAUUGUCUCCAACAUAUAGCUGUGAUUUGAGGGUACUGUUAUGAAUAAUCCAUAUCAGUCCAGCUGACGGAAAGCGGGAGCCCUUUUAAUUCUUUUAGCUCCCUGCUUUCCACAAAAAGCAGAAGCAAGAAACAAGCCAUAAACAGGCCUUUUACUCAGCCACUGAAAAUGCUGUGGGGGAAUAGUGUUCAUGCUAGAGAAAUAGUGACCCUGGACAAUUCUGCCCUCUACUGACUAGACGUCCUGCUGCCUGUGGGCAUACCUGGAAACUACACUAGGCUCCUAGAAAUACAGAUUGUGUGACAUGGAAUUGUGGGUGUAGUUUAAAAUAAUAGCAAGAAGCUUCAAAUGUUGCAGCCCAGGUUAAUGUAGAAAUUUCUCUCUUUUUAACUGAAAACACAUAGCCCUCUGAAUCCAUCUUUAAUAUAAACACAUUUGAUGGUUCUGUGCUUUCAGAACUCUAAAUAUCAUAGCUAAAUUCAGUAAUAUUUACACCUAUAAAUCUGAAGUUUAAUAUGAUAACAAAAAUAUUUAGUGCUUUAUUAUUGAAAUGAUGACGCUCUGGAGAUGUCCAAGGGAAUUUGCCGUUAAUUUUUCUAUUGCAGUAGAAACAGGUGCUAUUCUUAUUUCUUAUGAUUCUGUAGCUGAACACCAAGCUUUUGUAGUAGCUAACAUCAAGAAUUUAAUUCUGAAAUUUAUGCACUAUUUAAACAUGUGGCUCAUAUUUAGGGAGUGAUAUAAAAUUUCAUUUUUUCAUUUAACGUUUGCUUUUCUGCCUAUGAAGGGAUAUUUGUAUUUUUCAAAUACUAAAUAAAACAAGAUGUGCCAAUAUCAUAGGUAAAUAAAUCAGGAAAAAUGUAACAGUAUAUGGCUGUUUUAAUUUAGUUAUACUCAAUCUUUAUCUUGAAUUAGCUGAUAUUAUAUUAGUGCUUUUGUAUGCAAUCCUCAUUUGUCCUAAGAAGUACGUCAUCAUUAUGUAGUACCUCUCCAAUCCUGAACAUAUCCAAAAAGUGUCUUGCAUUCCCUAAAAGUACACGUUUAAACUAAUAUAGAUGUUAUACCCUUAGGCAAAUAAAUAACAAAGCAGUGCACGUAGGAUUUUAGAUGUAAAGCUCUUCUUUAUCGCCUGCUAGCAGAGACGUGUCCUUGGGUGCAUCGCAAAGCCUUCUCCUUGGUAGGAGGUUUAUAUACUUACAAAGAGUCAAGUCAAAACCACUUUGCAUUUGCUUUCCAAUUCUUUGGUUGCUUUCAUUAACUCUUCACUUCUAAUGCUGACUAUAUUAAUUUGUUAGAAAAGAAAGGAAAAGAAAUUUGUGGAUUCAAAAUACAUACUUGAUACGAUAUAGUCACGCCUGAUAGUAGCACAGCAUGAACUUAUAAUUGUGCUCACAUAUUAAUUCUCAUAUAUAUAUAUAUGCUGAGAACUAAACAAAAACACACUUAAAACAAUGGUGUAAUGACUUACUAGAUUCACAGUUGUUCCAGUAUAAUACAAAUUAUUUUAUUUGUUUGAUCUUCCUAUACUCUUGAACUUUUUGGAAGAAUUACUGCUUUAACAGAAUCUUUUCAAAGAUUGAAAAAAGAAUAUUGGCCUAGAAUAUGCACUAUUACGUGGUCACAUAAUGGGGGAGGUUAUAAAGGCCGGUUUCUGUGUCUAUAACAGUUAGUGCUGAAUAUAUUCUUUCCCCAAGGAACAACAGGUUUUUAUAUGUUCAAGAUCAAAACCAAAGGCACUCACCACUAAAAAUCCUAACAUGCCCUGCUCACUAUUACGAAUUUGUGUAGGAGUGCUAUGUAAAUCAGGGUCCUGAAAUAAUUUGUGAUCACUGUCUCGUUUAAGUGUGUUGUCAUUUGUGUUAACUGAGCAUCCCUUUUUUUUUUUCGCUAUUUAACUUAGAUAUUCCUUCACAAUUUAUGAAUAGAACUUUGGGGUGGAUUUAUCUUGACGUGUUUGCACCCUCUUUUGGUCCUUUUGGUUUCAGUUAACCCAGCAUAAAAGAGCCAGUGGAUCAGGGACCAGUGUGUUUCACACUGGAAGACAUGAUUCUUUCUUAACUAAAGUCACAUAUAAGUUUUACUUGUUUUGUACCAAGUUCCAGACAUCUUCACUCAUGUGCUAAUGGGCUUCACCUGAACACCAAAGAAUAAGCAAAACGACUAGAUUUGAUGUGUUCAAACUUGCACUUUAAAUAUCUAGGUAUUUUAAAUUCACCCUUCUCUGGCUGUUCAACGUGACAAUCGGGAAUAUAGAAGAAAGACCAAAACUAUAUAAUAUAAUCAUAUUUUAUAUAUACCAUAAGUAUAGAAAUAACCUUAGUGAUAAACUUAGUUUCUACCAAAAAUACCUUUUAAAACAUCCUAUCAGAGGUACACGAUCUAGACUAAUCAUGUAAAUUAGAAAUGAUAAUUAUUAGGCUCAAUCAAACAGGGAGAAAAAAUGCAGUGUGAAAAGGGAACUAAUGUGUGAUGCAUUUUAUCUGCACAAUGCCUUUAGUAUUCAACUGAGAGCUACGGUAGACACUGUGAACUCGAGAUAAUAAGUCAGUGAAGACAAGAAAACAGAUGAAAAAGCUAUAAAAAUUCCCCAAAGUUAAAAAUUAAGAUUGAGUAUAUGUAAAAACAGAACUCCUGAAGUGUUCAUUCUGCUUCCCCAUAGACACUAUAGUAGCAAAGGGAGAUAAAAUAUAAGUACAAAAACUCUAAGCCUUGUAUGAAAACAAAAAUAGACUUAACUGCAAUUUGUAUUAUGAUUUAUUUAGUGUCUAUCAGAGCUUGCAUUUGCUAUAAUCUGAAUAUAAUUUUCACAUUGCCUACCUUUCUUGUCAGUGCAUAUGACUCCAAAUAGUCAUGAUGUCACAACCAUAAUUAUUUUAAUGUAAUUUUUUUCUCAUAAAAUGGCAUGUUUAUAUGACUCAGGCAUAUAAUGUUGGAUUUAGAAGGGAAAUGUUAUUUAUUAUAAAUAAUUCCUGUACUGGUUGCCGCUUACUUCAUAAAACAUAAAAACUACUUACUCUAGAACACUGUAUUUAGAAUUUUAGUGAUUUUCUCAGUUUGUAGGAUUACUCAAAGAUGCAAAGAAAAAAGUUAUGAGAUUCAAAUUUUCUAGUUCAUCUGUAUAAUGUAUUUAUUUUUAAUAGAUGUCCUAGACUCCCAUUUUUCAAGUUUCUCUAAACAGCUGUAUUGCUGUAUUUUCUGUACUUAUUCUACAGAGAAAAAUAGUGCUGCUGCUUUUGUGUUCCCGGCUCGACCUUUGACGUCCCUAGAAUGUAUUUCUCCUCACCUCUGUGCAGGUGCAUUGCUUUCCCCAUGACGUCAUCCGGGGUGUGUGUAGUCUGAUUUAUCUGUGACUCUCCAGAAUGGCUGUCCUCGAGCCAACUGGAGAUACUCCUUUGGCCAUGACCACUCAUCUCCACAAAUGAAGAAGCUGGAGGCUUCAGGUUUCCUGGACGGGGGAAGUGUUUAUAGUCUAGGGAAUACUUUGUUAAUAGGAGUUUUCCUUAUGACACAUAAGUGUAUAAUUAAAUACGAUUUUAAAGAAUUAGAAAAACCAACUUCCCGUUUUUGGCACUUACUGAUCUGAACGUUUCUAAUUCUCUUCAAGUGCCUGACAGCUUUAAGAACUGGCAUCUCUGAAAAGCAAAGCUCACCCUCACAGCGUUUCUGUCCUGCGUCCUGCAGGCUGUGUCAGCGCAGCGACAUGGCUGACACCUCGGGCCCCUGAGUUUCUUACCGUAACUGUGUACAGUGCCAAACACAACUGCCUGCUUAAAAGUGAAAUUAAAGUUUCGCCUUGUCACACACUUUUACGAUUGGGAUUUCAUUACAUCCGGAUGUACAGUCAUGUUUGAGGAUCCACUUGAGCUGAGAGUCCCAACCAUCAGUAACUAAUUACAAUGCUUAUUAAUUAAAAUCAUGUUAAUUUUUAUAUAAUCAAAAGGAGCACUGUCUGAGCUCACAUCUUUUAUAAUUCUGGUUUUCUCUUGUUUGCUCGUAGUUGUAAAGCCCUUUCAUCCCGUUUUAGUCUUCUCGCUGCUGCCUUUGCUUUACUUUAAUUCAUUUAUGCACAGAUCUGGCAGAAUUGGCUAUGAUUAGUAUUACACAUGAUGAAUUUUAAUGUCUCUGCCUUAAGAUGAAAAUUAAAAUUGACUUUGGUGGCGUACA